AUGAGCAUAGGCGGCAGGCCAUCCAAGCGCGCAAAACACUCCAGCGACAUUGUGACGCCAGGCGAGGUCGUCACUGACGACACACAAUACAUGAGAGGCCACGGGACCUACACCGUCUCCAACACAGACACGACAGCCAUCACCUCGUCCCUGGCAGGCGUCGUGACGCGCACCAACAAGCUCAUCUCCGUGCGGCCCCUGCGAGCGCGCUACACGCCCGAGGUAGGCGACCUCGUGGUAGGCCGCAUCGUGGAGGUGCAGUCGCGGCGGUGGCGCGUCGACGUCGGCUCCACACAGCUCGCCGGCCUGCCGCUGUCGGCCAUCAACCUGCCCGGCGGGAUCCAGCGGCGGCGCACCGAGACGGACGAGCUCGCCAUCCGGUCCUUCUUCGCCGAGGGCGACCUGCUCGUCGCCGAGGUCCAGCAGAUCUACCCGGACGGCGGGGCCGUGCUGCACACCCGCAGUCUCAAGUACGGCAAGCUGCGCAACGGCGUGUUUCUGACCGUCAGCGGCACGGGCGGCGGCGGGGGCGUGGUGCGGAGCCGCAGGCAGGUGUGGACGAUGCCGCUGGGCACGCUGGGGUCCGGUGCUGGGUCCGGGGCGGCCAAGAUUGAUGUCGUGCUGGGCGUCAAUGGGUAUGUCUGGAUCAGCAAGCACGUCGAGGAUGCGAGCCUGGCGGCGGCAACAGCGGCGGCGUCGUCGUCUGCAGGUGGGGGGGUGGGCGCGACGAACAUGGAGGACAUCGUGAGCCAGGCUGUGUACAGCAGCCAGAACGACUACAUCGAGGUGGAGGUCAUGAGGGAGAUUACGAGGAUCAGGGGCGUCAUCACGGCGCUGGUGGAGAACGGGCUCAGGGUGGAUGAGGAUAUGGUCAUCAGAGGGUACGGCGAGGCGUUGGAGAUGGCGAGGAUGUCCCUAGAGGGCGAGGAGGAUACGUAUCUGGGUGGAGAGAAGGGACAACAGCUGGCAGCUAUACUGGUGGCGAGAUAG